AGAUGGGGCAAGUAAGAAAAAUUCGAUAACAGCGAGUGCUGGUGGUCUGAUUCAGGAUUGCAGUGGGAAGUGGCUUCACGGGUUCGUGGCUGAUUUGGAGCAUUGUUCAUCCGCUAAAGCAGAAUAUGAGACAAUUGCACCUCGUAAAUCACAAACAUUUGGUCCAUAUGCACAAACUUUCAAACAUUUGGUUCCUAUGCACAAACUUUCAAAAAUUGGUGGGUGUCCUGGUGUCCUUGAAAACAGUGUGCCCGCUCUGCGAUCUGUUGCUACAAGAAGAAGAGAGGCGAGUCAACUAUUCAAGCCAACACACAACACGCUAGCUUCACUUUCUUCCGCACGCAGACUGCCCCCUUAUAUAAUCUCAUUUCUCUCUCAGUCAAGAAAACCCAUGCUUACUACUUCUUCUUCCAAGUUCUCUAUCACUCUUUCCUCGAAAUAA